UAGACGUAGGGCCGCGACCGAUCGUGGUUGCGCCACCGCUACCGAGCUUGGAUACACGCGGUAUCGCUUAGCUGUCUCCGAGAUAGCGAGAGCAGUGAGCUGUUUCAGCUCAAGCGGAAUACAACAACUUCGCUGAACGAGACGAACCGAGCUUACAGUUUUUCAUAUUGGGUCCGUUUUUCAUACGUAAUAAAUAUAACGUUGAGACACGAUCGAAAGGUCUUUUUAUCGAGAGAUUCGCGUUAAAAUCGAGUGAUAGAGUUGCGCAAGUGUUGCACGAGAUAGUCGCUGAGGUGAACAUGCCGGACAAGCAAUUGCAGAAUGGUACUUAUGAGAUCGAUUACAAGCGAGCACCCGACCAAAAGACGCGCUGGGAAGCUCUCCGAGAUUGCAUUCACGAUCCAGUCGAAGGCACUUACUGCGGCCACACGGGGAAGAAAUGGGCCAUCACUGGAGCAUUCUAUGCUUGCUUCUUCAGCGUGUUGGCCUUGCUCUUUGCUAUUUGCAUGAAAGGACUGUUAGCUACACUAAGUUAUGAAAAACCAAGGUGGAUUCUGGAGGAAAGUAUAAUAGGAACCAAUCCAGGUCUAGGAUUUCGGCCGAUUUCCGAAAACACUGAUGAAAGAUCCUUAAUUUGGUAUAGUUCAUCAGAUCCCAACUCGGUGCAGAAGUGGACGGGAUUAUUAGAUAAAUUUUUAGAAGAAUAUAUUAAUUCGUCGACAUUACCAAAUGGCGGUAGAAAUCAACAGAUUUGUAAUUAUAACACGCCAGUUAAGCCUGGGCAUGUUUGUGCAGUUGAUGUGAACAACUGGGGGCCCUGCUCACCUAGUCAGCAAUAUGGUUUCAACAACUCAGCUCCUUGUGUCUUUAUUAAAUUAAAUAGGAUAUACGGUUGGGUGCCAGAAUAUUAUAACGACACCAAAGAUUUACCGAGCGAUAUGCCACCAAGUCUUGUGCAACAUAUUAAAUCAAUCAACAGUUCAUGGCUAAAUACCGUGUGGGUAUCUUGCGAAGGUGCAUAUCCUCAUGAUAAUGAAAUAAUUGGUGAACUGAACUAUUAUCCCCAAAGUCACGGAUUUCCAGGAUAUUAUUAUCCAUACCAAAAUAUUCCUGGUUAUUUAAGUCCCGUUGCUGCUGUGCAUUUUCUUCGGCCAGCAAGGAACCGAAUAAUUAAUGUGAAAUGUCGAGCUUGGGCAAAGAAUAUAAAACAUGAUGCAACCAAAGAUCAGCAACAUGGCAUGGUACAUUUUGAACUUAUGAUCGACGAAUGAUCAUACAUAUAUUUGUACAAAAAGCGAAAUAAAAUCAUGCAGCAGCUGGAAUGCAAGAUGCUUACGUACGUUGUAAAUUUGGAAAAACCAAUCGAUAAAAUUUUGGUGAAUUAGAAACAUACAUUGAAAAAUUAGGAUUUGUAGAAAUAUAACAGGCGAGUAAGCAGCAAUCAGAAAAUCCUAUUAUAUAUAUUUUGGAUUGGCUAUGCAUCCAUUUUGAUUCCAUCGUUAUUUUCACUAUUGAAUGUUGACGAAUAUGCUGCAAAAUAAGAUAUUUAUUAAUCAUCGACACUUAUUAUGAUUAUAAAGACGAAAUUUAGAUAAAUCGUUAUCGACACUAUUUCACUAAACUAAUAGUUUCUUUUUUAUAUGAACUGUUUAUAUCUUAAGAGAGAAUAUAUUAUGUAGCUACUGGUACUUAUUAUAAAUUAAAUUAAAUGAUUUUGAAAAAGCAAUUCUGCCUCGAAAUAUAAAAAGAAAAGGAGAAAUGUAUUUAAAAUACAUCAGAUUUUUGAGAUUAAUGAAAUUGUUCUAUACAUUUAAUGAUGCUUAUAACAUUAAUUAUGCGAGUAAACAUAAAAGAACGAAAAAGAAUGCAUUGUAUAUACAGCGAUUAUAUCUUUUACUCUUUUCAUGGCUUACCGUGGUAGAUAGCAAGGCGUAAGAAAAAUGCAAAGCGACAUGUCAUUACCUCGUUUUAUUUUCAAUGUUGUUUAUUUAUAUUGGCUCGUGUACAUAGACGUAAUAUGUAUUGCAAAUAAAUAAUUUUUAAGUAUCUUUUCCAUAAUAAGUCAAAAAGAAUUGCUUUUGCUAUAUUUGAAUCUUCAGUUAAUGUCAAUCAAAUUAAAAAAUAAAUUGGUACAAAAUAGACAGUAAUUUGAAAUCAAUUUUUUAAUCUACAUAGAAUGUUCUUUUGAGAUACUAUAAAUAAUUCCGUACAUAAACAAUAAUAUUUUUGCAAGUUCUCCUUAUAUUCAAACGUUUAUGAAUUUCUCUAGAGUUUUCCCAGUAAUAUUUUUAUUAAAAUUAAAUAACAAUGUAAAAUUUACAACAAUAUCUAAAAUAUACCAUUAUCUUUUCUGCUAGAAAUAUAAGAAGUUAAGAUUAUCCUUUGCGAUCUACUCAAUAUGUAAGAAGAGAGACCAAUGGAAAAUAUCAAGAUCUCGAAACUCUGCAACAUUCAAAUUAAUUAUUCAAAUCAUUAUACUUAGAUAUAUAUAGGUACUUAUUGAAUAUAUGUACUUAUGUCGUUUAUAGCGUUUACUACACAGUUGUUUAGGAAGUAGUUUUAAGCUGAUAAUAAUAAUGAUGUAUCUAACUAUACAUAUAAAUAAAAACAACUUUUAAAACUGAA